AUGGCCACCGGAGCACCAGGAAAUUCAUUUAGUAGAUGGUCGCCUACACCACCCGAGAGAGGAUCAUUUCCAUUGGAUCAUGAUGGUGAUUGUAAGCAACAGAUGAUAGAGUACUUGAAAUGUAUGAAGUUCACGGAAAACCUGAAUGCACCCAACUGUCGAGUCUUAGCUAAGAAAUACUUGAAGUGUAGAAUGGAUAACCAAUUAAUGGAUGAAUCGGAAUGGGAUUCGUUAGGGUUGGUAAACUUGCCUGGUGACACUACAGAGCCUAAAAAGAACCAAACUGGAACGAAUUCAAGUAUAAGCAAUAGCCAAAUUUUGAAAGGGGGUAAUUCUGCCGCAAAUACUAGCCUGGCUGUGGGUGAUGUUGAGAAACCGAAAGAUUAA